CCGUUGGUUGGUAAUUGGGUAGAAUCUCAUCUCGUCUGCUACGCAAAAGGUGGCCUUGCAAUGACGGAUGAAUCGGAAUCAAAGGUUGAACUUGAGCCGUUCCAAGGCGACAAAGGAUAAAUAUGAUCAAAUGCACAAUUUGUCUCAUGAUCACCUCCUUCGAUGUUUGACGAAGCAAUGAAAACGCUUUGGGUUUUGAUGCCCAAGAAUAACAAUUGUUCUCAUUGCGUGAUUAGCCAUGCCAUUCAUUCUUCGAUGACUUUUGAAAUUCGCAUGACGACUUGAGGUGAGUAAGAAAAUCUUGAAUGCAACUCCAUCGGACAUGAGAUUCAUCAAGCGAUCAGAUUAAUUUUCUUCCCACAUUGAACACUUAUCAUUGAACUGCUGUUGUUCCGAGUGUGAUUUUGUGCAUUUGACGAUUGUCAUUUCAUCUUUAAUAACGCUCCCAAACUUCCUCGUUUUCGUCACUUUGUCGCACUUUUCCUUGCACUUCGAUUGGCAUUACGGUGGAGUCCAUCGAAAAGUCAUCUCUUUCUUGUUGCUUCCUAUCCUCCGUGUGUGUGGCCGAGCAGAAAGUGUUCUGCUUUACCAGCGUGGUUGGUUCCUUGUUGAAAAUCCAGAGUGCUCUUAAUUUCGAUUCUGAGCAGAGGGUGUCCGCCUUGUAACUAUAUAAGCUCCUGGCAAUCUCUGUCAAAGCAUCAGUUCAAUAACCAACAUUGUUUAAGAAUCAGUAUGAAUCGAGUUGUGAUCCUCGCUCUCAUUUUGGGAGUGUCUGGCAAUCUUGGCCAUCCCAUGGAAUCUCCUUCGGCCUCAUCAGCUUUCCUUUCGAAGACAAACAAAUACCAAACUUCAGAACCAGCUCCAAGAAUUUUGGGACGAAAUAGAGAUAAUGGCGAUGAUGAAGAGGUCGAUCGUGCCAAACGGAGUUCUGGAUCGACAGUUCCUUUAGUGGUAUUCCAAAAUGGUGUACCAACUAUUGUGAAACACGACGAUGGUACUCCAGUUAUGUUGGGUGAGGAUGAUCAAAAUAACAUAGAAGUGACCAAGAGAGAAGCUGAACAAGCCGAAACAACAGAGGAGGUCGAGAUCCCAAUCUUGGCCUUCAACGAGGAUGGCCAACCCAUAGAGCUUUUGAAUGAUGAUGGAACCCCGGUUGUUUACAAAGAAAACCAGAACCGUCAAAAGAGGAGCUUCAAUGAGGACUUUUUUGAUGACUUUGUCGAACUUGGUGGUGAUGAGUUUUCCUUUGGCACUCCCAACUUCCAUCGAACCAAGCGGGACACAAUCCAGACCACAACUGGUAUCCCUCUGGUUGUUUUUCAAGAUGGACAAUUGAAGGUGGUCAAGAAGUCAGAUGGUUCUCCACUCACCAUAGAAGAGGCUGAAGGGUUGGCUGGAAACAAGGCUCGAGUUAAGCGAAGCCCUGGGCGUAAAGGCAGACGAGGGGGCAAAAGAGGACGCGUCAACAUCUCCAUCGAAGAGCAUGUCUUCGUCCUUAAACCUACCCACGGCCAUGGACAUGGUGGAUAUGGGCAUCAUCACGGACAUGGACACGAUCACCACUUUGGUGGAUUCUUUUAACAUAAUCACAAAAGUUGACCUUUUGUAGACAUAUUGGCCCACCGAACCCAUAUUUGUUACAUUGAUGCUUAUACCAAUCAGAAUUAAGCAUACAACACAUCACUGCUCAGAAUA